UCAUCUGUUGUUGUUAUUUGUGCAUUGAGAAGAAGUAAUCCCGAAUCACAUACCAAAGAAAUAUGAUGUCUGAUGGGACACCUGCUUCAUACCCGAACCAAUCUAUCCCCUACAUCAACUACCAGCUCCCUCCUUACAGCACAGCUGCUCUCAUCAUCUGGUCUCUGCUCACUGCUAUCGUAUCUCUGUCAGGAAACUCCAUCAUCCUCGUCGGCACGAUAAAACACAACGCUAUCAAACUCGACAAACUGUCCCUGGUCCUGAUAAAGAACCUGGCGAUAUCUGACAUUCUCAACACACUUUUAGUGGUGAUUCCAGGUAUGGUGACACUCCACGCCAGGGGCGCCCUCUUUCAGGACAACCUCCUCGUCUGCACCCUCUCCAGCUACCUCCAGUUUGUUGUACCCAUCUUUAAUUCCUUAGUUGUGUGCGCUUUGACUGUCAACAAACUGAUGAUCCUCUUGGAUCCUCUGAAGACGCUUUCUGGUAGUGAUAUGACGGGGUACUUUCUGGUGCUCGGAGCUUGGAUCUGUGGCUUGGUUCCAGGGAUCGAAUAUUUGAUCAUCAGAGAGAGGGAAAUUGUUUUCGAUACAAGAAUAUGCAGGUGCAUAUCAAAGUGGACAAAAUCUUCCAAACAAAACCUGUGGAUGAUCCUAGACAACAUCACAUCCAUUCUCUUCGUCUUAAUUCCCUUUAUUGUCAUCUUCGUCGUCACCAUCGGGAUACUCUCGUUCCUCAAAAAGAACAGCACCUUACAAAAACAAAAGAUUGCACUGGUCUUGAGUGUGUCCAUCCUCCACCUCAUUUCCUUUGUUCCUUACCUCCUCUACACCGUCUUGAUGAACGUCAUGAAACCAAGCGCUGAAGUUAAAUACAGAAACAGCACAGUUGCACAGUUGUAUGCUGGUGCUAGCUACGUUAACUACCUUAACACCAUGUGCAAUCCUAUUCUGUAUUAUUUCACCAGCGCUAGUUUUGGUGCUUACAUCAGGAGAUGCACCAAGAAUUGGAUGGGGAGGAUUGGUAGAGUUGGAGAUGGAGAGAUGCAGAAUACUGGCACUACAAGUGUGGGUGAGAGGUAUUCUAUAAACAGAGCGUGAUUGCUGUCCACUCAAACAUUUCAAGUGAGAAGGACUCUAUAAACAGAGCGUGAUUGCAGUCCACUCAAACAUUUCAAGUGAGAAGGACUCUAUAAA